CCCCAAAAGCUCGCCAUCAUCUCUUGCUAGUUGCUUCCCGAUCCCUAGGGUUAGGUUCUCUUCCUCUCCCUCUCUCCCUCUCUCCGUCCAAGGUCGAAGGGAUCGAGAGAGAUCGAGAGAUGAGCUUCCAGGAUCUGGAAUCGGGUGGGAGGGCGCUGGGUGGCGGCCGCCUAGGGAUAAAUGGGAAGGCGGACCCUGCGCAGGCCGUAGCUGCCGGGGUUUUCCAGAUCAACACCGCUGUCUCCACCUUCCAGCGCCUCGUCAACACGCUCGGCACUCCCAAAGACACACCCGAGCUCAGGGAAAAGCUGCACAAGACAAGGCUGCACAUUGGACAGCUAGUUAAAGAUACUUCAGCUAAACUCAAACAAGCUAGUGAAACAGAUCACCUAAGUGGAGUGAGCGCUAGCAAAAAAAUUGCUGAUGCUAAACUUGCAAAGGAUUUUCAAGCAGUUCUAAAAGAGUUCCAAAAAGCUCAACGGCUUGCGGCUGAGAGGGAAACCGCCUAUUCCCCUUUUGUACCCCAGUCAGUUCCUUCCAGCAAUACUGUGAGUGAGGUAGAUAGCUCUGAUAAAGCACCCGAACAACGUGCACUGCUGGAAUCCAGAAGACAAGAGGUACUGCUAUUGGAUAAUGAAAUUGUCUUUAAUGAGGCCAUCAUCGAGGAGAGGGAGCAAGGCAUACAGGAGAUCCAGCAGCAGAUUGGUGAGGUAAAUGAAAUCUUUAAGGACCUUGCAGUACUGGUUCAUGAUCAGGGAACUAUGAUUGAUGACAUAGAUUCCCACAUUGAGAACUCGCUCGCAGCAACUGCACAGGCUAAAACACAGCUUGCAAAGGCAGCUAAGACACAGAAGUCUAAUUCAUCUCUGACAUGCUUGCUCUUGGUGAUUUUUGGAGUUGUCCUUCUGAUUGUGAUCAUAGUCCUGGCAGCAUAAUAAAUCGAAGGUGUUCCUGGAUGUUCUCAGCUUGGUUUGGUGUAUGUAAUAAAGUAUAUAAAUGUUGUGGUCUUUUAAGUGUGUGCUGAAUAUAUAUGGCCGAGUUUCUAUGGUGUUCGCGCAGGUCUUUCUUUGGAUUUUGUGAUCCUAGGCUCUGUGAUGUGUGAAUGAGCAACAAUUGUCUGCAGACCAUGUAAUAUGAAGAUUCUUCUAUCAAUCAAUAUAUUCAAGAUU